UAUGGCUACGGCUAACAAUAACAAUAAUCUUGCGUUAUUAUGCACAAUGUUUUACGUUUUUCGUUUACCAUUGUGGUCUGUCUGGAACCAUAUUUUUAUCUGCUUUUGUGAAGUUCCUAAAAUUGUUCUCUUAGACUGUAUUUAGCUAGACUUUUGGUAUACUUAAAUAGUCUAAAAAUGCAUUGUGACCAUUGUAUUGCCUUUUAAGUUGUAAGAACCUGCUACUUGGGCACAGUUCUUCAUACAAUGACCAUUUACACAACUAGUUUAAGUCUGGUUUCUGGUAGGCAUCAUCUCUUAUCUAAUAGUCUAUUUCUGUAAUCAUUUAUAGUCAUCAGGUGGCAAUACAUUACUAUAAAUGAUUUUAUGGAUAGCAAUGAAUAGUUGAUGUGAAAAAUAUUUGGCCCUUUUAGUAUCUUGUGGAGAUUAAUAAAAAAACAAAGGCACCUUGCUACAGGGGUAUAUUAAAAAAAUACUGUUAAAAAAGGUGGAGGUGGCUAUUCCAAUAAGAAGCCUCUUUUUCCUAGUGAGAUUCUCAGCAACUUCAAGUGAGUAAAACUUUUUGACUUCAUGUAGUAUAUGCCUUGAUCAAUCUUAUAUAUACUCUUAAUCAGUUAACUUGAGGGAGAAAUAUUUCUCAUGACAAAGCUCCCAAGUAUGAUAUGCUUGCUUCAUUUUUCCCUUUGGGCUUUCAUGGGCAACGAGACAUGCAGAGAUGGAAGCUCUUGAUGUUCUUCUUGUACGGUGGCAGAGGACUGGAUUUUCGGCUGCAGAAGUUGCAGAGAAGUUUUCAGCAUGCACCCUUUAUGUGACAUGUGAACCAUGCAAAAUGUGUGCAGCAGCAUUAUCGAUCAUUGGCUGUGGCUCAAUAAUGUCGUUGCAUUCAAGUAGCUCUGAGGCACACAUUAGUAUUGGGAAUUCUGGAUCAAAGGGUUUCAAAUGCUGUGGAGGUAUAACGGCAUCAGAAGCCAAUUCUCUUUGUUAA